UGAAGAAUCAGACGGGUAAUUAUUGGGAAAUGGAUGUUGUUUGAUCCAAACUAGCUAUCUGUUUAUUGGCUACAGAUUUAAUUGCCCCAGUAAGAGCCUGGCUGUAUGUUAAAUGUGGUUUAAGUGUUGUCAAGUUUCGAAUCCCCAAAGGAAAAAGGCAACCAUUGCUGAGUGCAGAAAAAGCCCCGUCCCUGCAGCUGCUGGCACUGCUUCAGCAGAUAAGUUGUCAUCGACGCAACAGAAGACCGGAGAAAUGUGAGCCCCUCUCUUUCAACAUGGCCCAUUGUGUUCAGAUUCACACGACGUUAAAAGCCCACUUUCCUCUUUAGGAAGAUAUGACAGUUGAGGCUUUGACACAGAAUCCAUUGCUCUCAGACUUGGAGCGGCAUUUUGUGUUGAGAUCCCACCAGCUCUGCAGCCCUUUCCAGAAAAUGUUCUGCCUCUUGGGGCUGAGAAUGACCGCACCGGGAAUGCAGACUUCAGAUGGCUCACCAAGCCCAUUCACAGAAAUGAAGCUGUUCUCUCGGGCUGAUGCGGAAGCUGCCCUCCCCAGGGCUUAGGCAACAGGGGAAGGAAACCGCCCAGAACAGUGUGGCAGCUGGGACUCAGGGCUGCUGCUGGGACCACCUGCCCCUGCCGCUCACGGACCACCCUCCACAAGAUGCAGUCUCUGGACCCCGAGGAGUUUUUGGUCGAUGAAGAGGAUGAUAUUUUCGCGGAAGGACUGCCGGCCAGACUCCCCGAAAUCAUGCUGGUGGGAUCUCAGUCCUUCUCGCCGGGAGGGCCCAAUGGCAUCAUUCGAAGCCAGUCAUUUGCGGGGUUCAGCGGCCUUCAGGAGAGGCGGUCCAGGUGCAACUCCUUCAUUGAGAACACUUCUGCUCUCAAGAAGCCUCAGGCCAAACUGAAGAAAAUGCACAAUUUAGGACACAAGAAUAACAGCCCCCCGAAAGAGCCUCAGCCAAGGAGGGUGGAGGAGAUCUACAGGGCCCUGAAAAGCGGCCUUGAUGAAUAUCUGGAGGUCCACCAGACGGAGUUAGACAAGUUAACCACUCAGUUAAAAGACAUGAGAAGGAACUCUCGCCUGGGUGUACUGUAUGACCUUGACAAGCAAAUCAAAACGAUCGAAAGGUACGUGCGACGCCUGGAGUUUCACAUCAGCAAGGUGGAUGAGCUCUAUGAAGCCUAUUGUAUCCAAAGACGCCUGCAGGACGGCGCCAGCAAGAUGAAGCAGGCCUUCGCCUCGUCGCCAGCCAGCAGGGCAGCGCGCGAGAGCCUGUCCGAGGUGCACCGCAGCUACAGGGAGUACACGGAGAACAUGUGCACCAUCGAGGUGGAGCUGGAGAGCCUGCUGGGCGAGUUCUCCAUCAGGAUGAAAGGUCUGGCCGGAUUCGCGCGCCUCUGUCCUGGAGACCAGUACGAAGUUUUCAUGAAGUACGGCCGACAGCGGUGGAAGCUGAAAGGCAAAAUCGAGGUCAACGGCAGGCAGAGCUGGGAUGGAGAGGAGACAGUGUUCCUUCCCCUGAUUGCCGGGCUCAUCUCCAUCAAGGUCACGGAGGUCAAAGGGCUGGCAACCCACCUCCUCGUGGGCAGUGUGACCUGUGAGACCAAAGAGCUGUUUGCAGCCCGACCACAGGUGAUGGCCGUUGACAUCAACGACCUUGGCACCAUCAAACUGAACCUGGAAAUCACCUGGUACCCGUUCGACGUAGAGGAGGUGACCCCGUCCUCCAGCGCUGGGAAUAAGGCGGCCGCCCUGCAGAGGAGGAUGUCCAUUUACAGCCAGGGCACCCCGGAGACACCCACCUUCAAAGACCACUCCUUCUUCAGGUGGCUGCGGCCUUCCCCGCACAGGCCCCCGAGGCUGGCCGUCUUGAGCGCCCUGCAAGACACUUUCUUUGCCAAGCUGCAGGGCAGCCGCUCUGCCUGUGACCUGCCCUCCCUCAGGCUGAAGCCCAGGGCCGAGCGCGAGUCCUCUUCCAGUCUCCCCGACGACACCUUUGAGAAUGGAAAGGCUGCUGAGGAGAAGAUGCCACUGUCUCUCAGCUUCAAAGACCUGCCCAAUGGGGACUGUGCGCUCCCCAGCAGCCCAGCUGCCUCCCUCCCCAACACGUGCCUGGCCAACCCGGAAAUCACCGUCACACCCUCGCCCUCGGAGCUGCACCGAGGCAGCCAGGCCUCCCAGACUGAGGGCACCGACGACUCCAGCUCCCUAUCUUCCAGAAGCUCCUUGGGAGGCGGCCCAGGGCCCAAGCCUCCCCUGGAGGAGGACACAGAGGGGCCCCCGAGAACUGAGUCCCGCCAGGUGCCUGCAGGGGCUGCGGCUGAGCCCCUGUUCCUUGAGAAGGACGUGGCAGAGGCACUUCUGCGGGAGUCGGAUGAGGCCUCAGAGCUGAAGCCCGUGGAACUGGACACCUUUGAAGGCAACCUCACAAAGCAGCUGGUGAAGAGGCUGACCUCGGCCGAGGUGCCAGCCACCACCAGGGAGCUGCUGCUCGAGGCGCCGGGCAGCGGAGAGGCAGACGGCUGCCGGUCCCUCCUAGACAGCAGCCUGGAAGACGCCUUCCACGGGCUCUUCCUGGCGCUGGAGCCCCACACCGAGCAGUACGAGGAGUUCCAGGCUCUGAGCCAGGAGGCCACGCGCCUGGAUGACAUCCUCAGAUGCAAACCCUCCGGAAGCCACAGCACACCCUCCAGCCUGAGUCUGACGGUUGAGAGUGCUCUGGAGAGCUUUGAUUUCCUGAACACCUCUGAUUUUGAUGAGGAUGAAGAGGAGGACCCCGAUGAGGGCGGUACUGUAGGAGGAGGUGCUGACUCCGUAUUUUCAGACACAGAGAAUGAGAAAAACAGUUACAGAUCAGCGCACCCCGAGGCCAGGGCGCACCUUAGCGAGGCACUGACGGAGGACACGGGCGUGGGGACGAGCGUGGCGGGCAGCCCCCUCCCACUGACCACAGGAAACGAGAGCCUGGACAUCGCCAUCGUCAGGCAUCUCCAACAGUGCACCCGGCUCGUGCAGCAAAUUGUUUUCUCGAGCGAAACGCCCUUCGUGGCGAGAAGUCUCCUAGAGAAGCUCUCUAGGCAGAUCCAGGUGGUAGAGAGACUCGCGGCCGUCAGCAACGAGAGCACAGGACAUGUGGACUCCGUGCUGGAAGCCGUCCCAGAAUUCCACAGCAAGCUGGCCCUGCUGUCCUUCUGGGCCAAGUGCUGCAACCCUGCUGCCGUGUACCACAGCUCGGCCGGCAGCGUGGUCAAGCAGCUGGAGGCCAGCUUCGCCAGCACCGUCAACACGGACUACCCAGGACUCGCAGACCCAGUGUUUCGAACCCUGGUGUCCCAGAUCUUGGACCAGCCGGAGCCUCUGCUGCCCUCCAGCCUGUCCUCAGAGGUGGUCACUGUCUUCCAGUAUCACAGCUACUUCUCUAGCCACGGCGUGAGCGACCUGCAGAGUUACCUGCCCCAGCUGGCCAAGCAAGUCUCCAUGGUGCAGACCCUGCCAUCGCUGAGAGACGACAAGCUGCUCCAGGCGGUCAGUGGCCUGGCGCCCAGCAGCCUCCCAGCCCAGCAGGAGGUGCUCAGGACUCUGGCUGUGCUCUUAACCGGGGACGACAGCGGCAUCAGCCAGGCCGUGAGGCUGUUCCUGGUGGCGGCUGCCAGGCACGAGCAUUUCAGGGGAAAGGCCUUGCUCUACUACUGUGAAGCCCUGAUGUCGAGGGACCUCCAGCUCCAGAAGGCCGCGUGCCUGGCCCUGCAGAGCCUGCAGGCUACAGAAAGCAUCAAAAUGCUGGUGGCACUGUGUCAGUCCGACGUGGAAGAAAUCAGGAACGUGGCCUCCGAAACCCUCUUGUCUCUGGGAGAAGAUGGGCGGCUGGCCUACGAACAACUGGACAAAUUUCCCCGAGACUGUGUUAACGCUGGAAGUCAUCAUGGGACCGAAGUGGCCACAGCCUUUUAGUGACCAACUGGCUCUGCCUGACAGUUGUCUUUAACAAAUGGGCAUUUUGUUCCAGAGGCUGCUGUGAUUUAGCUGGAAAUCUGCCCCUGUAGACGAAUUCAGUCCGGCUUCAUGGCACCCACCCCCUCUUCCGUGGCCGGGCCACAGGGCUGCAAGUCAUGCAGUAAAUGAGUUACAUCAUCGACCGUGUCCGACCACUUCGUGAAAGAGCCCGCCGUGUCAGUCUGUAUGGAAUUUCAAAAUAGCCAUCUUUGUACUUUUCUUGGAAGUUCUAUAAGCUUGAAACAGCCCUGUGAUACUUUGAUAAAUAUCAUACAGCUUGUAAUUUUUCUCUGUUGUGUUCUCAGGGUUGAGUCCCCACCCCUGCCCCCAGCUGCCUAAUUUUACCUUAAAUGCAAAGCACAAAAAAUAAUUUCUUCAAAUAAAAGUUUGCCUGCAGCACCUGGUAGAAUAACACAUUGUGAGAGUUUUAUGUUUUUAAAUUUCACUUUUCCCCAUGUCCACUACUUCUGUUUUUUUUUCUUCAUCUCGAAAAUCCCCAAAGCAUGUUUCCAUUGUGGUGAGGUGACCACCGACAACCUUCUUAAGAUCUUACCUGUACUCAUUAAAAACAAAGACACACACAGCAUUAGCUUUUAUUUAAAACAACAACAACAAAAAAAAAAAACAACCAAGAGCCAUUUUUUAAUGAUAUUUUUCAAUAGAGGACUUUGCUGCUAAGACAAAUCAAAACCAGAAGUCACGGACUCAGAAAGCUGGGGAGCUCUUUGAGAUGUAAGAACGCGGAAGUUGGAGGGACAUUAAAAGGGGUCCUUACUCUGGGAAAUCCCCAGGGUGGUUGCCGCCCACUGCUGGGACCCCUUGGCCAAACAGUUAGAACAGUAGCUGCGCAUUAAAUAACGUGAAGACCGCUCAGGAACUUCUAUACGUGACCUUUCUUUCCCUGAAGAAGAGACGAGGUGGGAUAUGCCAAGAUACUAACCCGUGUGUGAGUGUACUGAACUGUACUUCAGGCUGUUUGUGUAAAAUACCAGUGAGGUGUCAGUUUAGAUGUUUGCAUUUUAGCAGGACCUUGAAAAGCAACUCUGGUGGCACUUCAAAGUAAAUGUUGUUUGCCGGGCUUCCUGGCUAUCCUUUCAACUGUGAAGUUACAUUGUAUAAUAUAUUUGUAUAUUUAUACAUAUUAUAUACAUAUGCACAUAUCCUUCAUUUUAAAAGUUCAUUGUACAGUCUGUAGUUAGUAUGUAUAGUCUGUAGUCCAUGUUAAGUGGUUGAAAUGAGUCUUUUUAUAGAAAGUCAAAUCACAAAUGUUACUGAGUUUUUUGUUUGUUUUUUGUUUUAUGACUAUUGCAUGAGUAAAUGACUGUAUAUUUUGUAUUCACUUCUGCAUUUUAUUUUUUGGUGGGGGGGGGUGCUUUGAGUUUUGCAGCAUUUGUAUCCAUCGCUGUUUCAAUCCUGUACGUUAAAAUAAAAAUUAUUU